AUGGCUGGUAAAGACGCUACAUUUGGAGUUAAUGCAAAAUCCAAUCUAAGUGCGCUUGGAUUUCCGCCUAAGAUAAUUAACAUCAUAAACCAAUACGGAAUAGAUGAAACCGAUGUACCAGCUGUGGUGACUUUUCUGUCGCAUUUGGGAAUCGCCACAGUAACAGAGGACGAUCAUCAGCUAUCGAUUGCGUUUCCGCAUCACACUAUCGAGGAAGAAAGGACUUACUCGCAGUAUCCUCCAGCCCGAUCAGAAUCUGAGGCAAGCAUCGCAUCAUACGAUGAUCUUUGCGCUAACUUAUCGGUGUUUGAAACAGAAUCUCCGAAGCUGGCCAUAGAUUCGGCAACCACGACGGUUCGAAUCCAGCCUUCAUGCAGUACAAAUACUGCGGAAAAAGCAGCAGCAGAAGAGGACAUAGGAUCGGUGGUAAAAACGUUUCCGCGGGUGCCAUUAGAGGAAACAACCAAAACGCUGUUGGUUUCACUUGCCGUACCGGACACGGCUCCACCAGAAAUACCGAUAGAGACACCUUCAUUCAGCUCAAACUUUUCAACGGAAACUCCGAGGGUUUUACUAUCCUCUCCGGUAACGCCUGCGAUAACCGGGAAAGCAGUUUUGAUGCCAUCAAAAAACGCUGACAACUUAGAGCCACUACAAUCACCAAUCGAUUCUUCAGUAAUAGAUGGUAAAUCUAUAAAACUACCAAAAAUAAAGCAUACGUUUUAUAUAUUUUUCAGAAUGAUGAGAAUAAUAGCCACAACAAAGAAAACGGAUCAUUGGAUAAUAGUAUUGAACUGA